AUGCGACAAAAGACGCGUUUUGUCUGCGUCUCCGAUACACACGGAUAUACGCCCUCCGAGGCUGGCUUCAAACUACCAGACGGGGAUGUCCUGAUUCAUGCUGGCGACUUGACAAACAAUGGAAGCUUAAAAGAGCUCCGCAGGACAAUGGAUUGGAUCUGCAAGGCCGACUUUGAAAUCAAAAUCAUAGUUGGUGGAAACCACGAUAUCACCUUAGACCCAACAUUCUACGGAGAGCAUGGAGAAAGCUUCCACGGCCAGUUCCUCGAGGAUCCAUACCGCUGCCUAAAACUCAUAACGGAGUCGCCUUCGGUCAUCCUACUUCGCCAUGAGCCCGCCCUGAUUCGCUUAAAGCGAGCGGGCGGACCAAACACGGUAUUCAAAAUAUUUGGGUCCCCGUACUCGCCAUCCCAAGGAAACUGGGCAUUCGGAUACAAAUCGAGUGAUGCUGCUGCGCUGUGGGGUCAUAUACCAAUCGAUACGGAUAUCGUCGUCACGCAUACGCCACCGCAGUCUCACUGCGACCAGAAACCGAACGGAAUGUUCGUUGGGUGUGAUGCGCUUCGCAGUGUGUUGAGCCUCAUCAGGCCGCACUUAGCUGUUUGUGGCCAUGUGCAUGAAGGACGAGGGUACGAACGAGUUCGUUGGCGAGGCAAGCUUACGAACACAGAGACAGAAAAUGAAACAUCGCCAUUUGAUUCAGUUGACCAUGUCAUUCGAGGCGUUCUCCCGCCCAUGGGCAGCAAGAAACAAAGCCUAGUUGAUUUGACUGGCAAACGGGAUAAACGACUAGACAACCAGGGAUUUUCGUACCCUGGGCAAAGACAAAAUGAUCUGGCAGAUAUUCAACCAAAGUCAUCAGCCUCACCAGGGUCAAAGUCAUCUGGAGUUCUUGAAAAGGCAAGUCCACAAAACUCGCCGAGCGCUCAUCUGUCCCUGGGUGCGGGUAGCCCUGGCUCCAGUAGCCGGGGGUUUGAUUACGCCUUGCAAACACUAAGGAAGGAGACCUGCAUUAUCAAUGCCGCCGUCGUAUCCACUAGUUGGCCUCACCAGGGGGGCAAACGGUUCAAUACCCCGAUUGUGGUCGAUCUUGAACUUCCCGUGUGGCAGGACCACGAGGUCACGAACGGGUGA